AUAACUUUCACGAAUUUUGGGCGCUGACUCGUUGCAAUCUGUUUUCCACUCUGAAGGAGUUCGCGGACGCUGAAUACUGCACUAGUCGUCAUGUUGAGGGCAAUAGUGCUGAAUCCGUAGCCGGCAAUCGGCCAAUCUUUCAACCGACAGCGAGCAGCCAACUGGAAUUGAGUGAUGCAACAUUGCUAGCUUCGUAUGAAGCGGCCGAAAAUGCAGCUGCUGAGAAUGGCCUGACAUGGCUCCCGAUCGAUGCGUUCAUUGCCAGCCUCCCGUCUUCAGAAGUUCCUCGUGGUGAAGCAAACGCGGCGCUGCGUCAGAAGCGAAUUCGUCGUCAAAUUCCUCCACAGGAUAGGAAACCGGCGGCCUCUCUCAGCGCUGUGAAAUUGAAUUUGCCUCCUGAUGCUGCCGCUGGAAAUCUCGACGGUGAAAUUCGAGAAGCUACGCGGUUCCAGAAUUCGCGUAACCGUCGCGAUUUCGGUCUUGGUCGCGUGGAUCGCGUCUCUGAUAAAGCUGGAUUGGUACUGUCACUUUUUGAUGCCCAGGCAUACUUGUUUUCUUACAUAAAGGAUCCUCGAUUAAAACCUGAGAAAUGA